UACAUUAUUAUCAUUAUUCCAUGGAUGUAAAUAAAUCGAAAGAUAAUGGAUAAGCCUAAUUUAAGCCAAUAUUUCGGGGGAUCAGGGGUCCCGCCUUCGUCGCAAUUCUUUGACGAAAUAGGAACGUCACCAUCCGACAUGAUACAAAGUGUUUACUUGGGAGACUCCGAAGGGUCUCAACCUAUAACAACGGGAUCGUUUCCAACGAAUAUGACUACAUCUUUUACGCAGCUGAAGGGACCUCAAGAGAUGAGCUUUACGAAUGUUUUGCCGACUGUGAGCGGUUCCGCGGCAGUUCCUGCAUCCAGCUUGCCUGAUCCGUCAACAUUCUUUGACACAAUCGGGCCUGAACCUCAAAUAGGGCCAAACAGAGGCACUGUUGUGUCACCAUCUGUCCUUACUGAGGCUAUAGAUGGCUUGAGUAUUAAGAAUCAACCAGUCGAUAAGGAGGCUGAUAGGAGAAGGGAUGCGUGGAUACCCAAUGAGGAAGCAAAGAAAACACUGUUAAAGGCACAAUCGUCACCAAAAGGAUCGUUUUUUCCAGAGAGAGAAGUGUUGACAAUGCCAGGCCUAGUUUUGGAAGAGGAAUUGGCAGAUGCUCUUCAAGAAGUGGCAGUGAAAUAUCUCGGAGUCAGCUCCGCGGGCAGUCGAGGGGUCGUCAGAGCUGAGCACGUGAGCAGAGAUGAGGCCGGUCUGCGGGAGUUAUUGCGUACGGGAUACUUACGCGCCGCUGUGAAUCUUACAGCUACACUUAUCAAUGCAGCUGGACAGGGUGCUGGUCGUAUGCACCGGCCGACUAAACACACGCCGCGUUCUCUGCAGCUGUGGCUGACGCGGUUCGCUGUUAUGUGUCGGAUCGAGCUUUACGAGCCUCUAGCCAAAGAGGCCGAGCCUUUCGGGGACUUCAGCAAACCGGAUAUGUUUUAUCAGUUCUACCCAGACGCGUACGAGCAUCGAACCGGUACCCUCGUGCCGUUUUCACUGCGCCUCUUAAUCGCCGAGCUGCCGUUGCAUAUCGGAAAACCAGAGGAGGCCAUGGAUAGGCUAUACGCUAUGCUGGAUGUCAUUCAACAGAUGAUCGCUUAUCUCAACGAGAGUAAAACUGAAGACGGCAGUGGAAUAAUCACAUCGGAAGAUAAGAACGAAUCUCUUCGGCUGUGGACCGGCCGAAGAAUAAGGGUUUUACACUCUGUGGUCAACUGCGCUAUUGCUUUGAAGGAUUACCGAUUAGCUACGAAGAUUCUAACAACUCUACGCGAUCAAUGUGCGUCACCACAGCAACAAAGGGCGCUGUGUAGUGCGUUGUGUCGAGUGUCGCUGUUGGCUGGACACGUGCGCGCCGCUGUAGGACACUCGGUGUCUGCCAAGGAAGCCCGACACCACAUAUGCCCAACCCCAGACGUACGUGAGUACGUGGACCUGGGGCUGAUAGACAUCGCGCACGGCAAAUACCAGGACGCCUAUAACAACUUCGCGAGGGCUGCAGAUCAGGAGCCCACUAAUAUUAUGGUUGCUAACAAUUUAGCGGUGUGCCUUCUGUACAUGGGACGCCUAAAGGAAGCGAUAACCGUACUGCAAAAGGCUAUACAUUCGGACCCCGAACGAGGUCUGAAUGAGAGCCUACUCAUCAACCUUUGCACUCUUUACGAACUGGAGUCGUCCAAGACCAAUGAAAAGAAACUCAAUCUGUUGAGAAUGCUGUGUAAACAUAAGAGUGAUACGAUACCUAAUGUUCUAGAAUGUUUAAAAUUAACUUAGGCGAUCUACAAAAUUACGUUCUAACUUAGUCAAAUUAUAAAAUUGUGUUGCUGAAGUUGUGAAGGUAUAAAUGUAUUACUAUGGGCUCUGCCUGAAAUAAAAAGAUUAUUAUUAUUAUAUAUUAUCAUAUAUUAUUAUUAUAAAAUUAUUUUAAUAUAUUAAUUAUUAUGGUACCUAUUUGUAUUCUCAUCCUCACGAAGUUAUCCGCUAAACAUAGCCUUUACUUUAUAAGUCGUUCCUAUGGAGCGAUACCCGUACUACUAUAGUCGUAAAAAUAUAAUAGGCCCGUUUUGACAUUUGUCAUCGCGACGUAACUAGUUACGG